AUGUUAGCUCAGAGAUGCUGGUGGAUUGUGGCGUCUCUUGUCAUCACUCGCGUGCUCUGUGGCUUUUCCCUGUUUAGCCAAAGCCCAACCCUGCGGAAGCCCGACUACAGACUUCCUCCCGAGAACCAGUCUGAGAAGGAGAAUAUGCAACGGCGUCUGCCCAACUGCCUUAUCAUUGGUGUGAGGAAGGGUGGAACACGCGCCCUGCUAAACUUCCUUGCCGAGCACCCUGGAAUAAAGGUGGCUCGAUCCGAACAGCACUUCUUCGACCGGGAUUCAAACUACGUGUGAGUUAUUGGUUUAGGUUUUGAGGGAACUUGACUUGAUGUGAACGUACUUUUCCGACCGAUAAUCAUUAGGCCUGCUACGGUAGCGCACAGCGCGAUUGUACAGAGAAGGAUGUCAAACAAAAAAUAUUAUGCACCAUUCCCAAGCUUUCUCCCUAACCGAUGUAGAAAAACUCGUAUUGACUUAUUAUUCAAGCUCCUACUUUGCCUGUUACACACUGGCAAUUAGCCCUUCUCCUAUCUUUCUAUCAAACUUUUCCAACAAAAUUCUCUUUGUUUUAUGACUGUUUCAUCAUAAGUGGUCUAUUUGGAUUGCAGCCAUUCUUACCUUGCUGAUAAAGGAUUCUGAAAUUCUACUAGUUAACCGAUCACCAAGUGUUUUAGUGUCUCUUUACGUAAUGGUUCUCCCGAGUUCUUACUAUCCUUCUCUUGAAUUAUUUUUCAAAUUGUCUUCUUCCCCCAAUCUCGCCUUUCGUUAACCCAUACCACAAUUUCGAUUGUAAUAUUUUAGAGGAGACCUUUCUUUGUCUAUGCCCAUCCGUGUUGACUGGCUCUUUUUCUCUGCGGUGCCUUUAUUACAUAUACAUGCCACAUGCGUUGAAAGUAUGCCGACAGUAUUCAUCGCCCUUGUUCAAUUUCUUGAGAUGCCCGUUUUUAAAUUCCUACUUAACUGAAUAUGAAGAAGUUUUUAGACAUAAUAUGCGAUCUAACAAAACACCGUGUACUACUGAACUGACAGUUCGAUUAUUACAAACGAUGGCAUUCACUGUGUGCUCCGCAGAAUGGACACAGCAUCGCGCGAAUUAGUUUAUAGUGAAGCAGACUUACGACACAUCUGCCUCACUCUCUCCACACCGACCCACCUGCCUUUGGUGGCAGGGCAGAAUCAAGGCGUUGAGGGAGGGAACGUGGGCAUAGAGGCUGACAAGACCAAACUAGAUAUUCGGCCCGUUCGUCAGACCGCAUUUGGAAUACGGAAUGUCAUCAUGGAUGCCCUGGAUGAAGAAAGACAGUGAUGCCAUAGAGCAGGUGCAACGAUGGGCCACAAAACUGGUGGACGGCCUCAGGACUCUGUCAUACCCAGAAAGACUGAUCCAACAAAACUUGUUCCCCCUAUCCUAUAGACGAAUGCGGUGUGACCCCGUAUCGACAUUCCGCAUUAUCCACGGGCAUGAAUGUUCGCUCAAAUCCGAAGACUUCUUUGAAUUUACGACCAUGAGUCACCUGUGCGGUCAUCCGUACCAAGUCAAGCGGGAACGUACACGCCUAGACCGUCGCACGUUUUCCUUCAGCCAGCGUGUUGCUCGACCGUGGAGCUCACCCCCAAGUGAAAUAGUGACAUCUGAUGCAAUGGCUGUAUCCAAAAGGCAGCUAGAUCGUUUGAUCUUUGAUAAACGACGACUCUCACUGCAGGACUAUCUGCGGCCAUGCAUAAAUUUUAUUUCCAGAUUUCAUCCUUAUGCAACGCAUCCCUGACGUUUCAUGAGACUUUCCUUCGUAAACUACACGAGUGACUGCACUUUAUGUUGAUUAUAUAAAAACGCUCUUAAAAUUUCAAAUGUACAUAGAAAAGGCCGCCUGCCGCACCCUUCGCAGUCCAGCACCGUAAACCUUUUUACGUAAAUUAAUAUGUUACUAGCAGAAUGUUAGUACAAUGUGCAUUCAAAAUUUAUAUUGUGGCGCCGUUUUCAAUAUGGUCAUCAAGGGCAUUACCUACUACCCUAAAAUAUACUGUUAAUACCCGCCUAGAGUGCCGCACACUACCUGGUCUCACCACAUGUGCCCAGCUUCGGUUAGAACGUCUCGGAUGCCCCAUGAGUCGGGGGGGACAUAAAGGCCACAUUAAGAAGGAAUUGUUGCAAAUUGACUUUCAGUCCUGAGUGGAGGACCGUGUUAUCCUCGUCAGUUGGCAGGCUUCCAAGCCACGACGCCUAGUACGUAGUGAGUUAUUAUUAGUGAGGAAUGCGCUGAUAAGCCAUGGUACAGCGUCAACCGCACACCUCCCUCCUCCCUUCUCCUUCCAUGUGCGCUAGUUCAUUGUUGGAGCCUGUCAGUCAUCUGGUGCUGAGAUUGGGCUCGGCGAAUGGCACGGUGUGUGGGGCCUACGCCUGGGUGUGUGGCGAUAUUCCCCAUGUGUGGCAGUAAGCAUGGGCCUGUGCGAACUAUGCACAGCUCGAUUAACGCCUUGCGUUUUGAGCCGGCCCAUCGAAAACGCAGCCCCUCGUAGGGACUAAAUUAGUGACUUAUUACCCGAAUCGUGUACUAGGAUUCUAUACUAGUUGGGCUCGAGAGAGGGCCCGUAAGGCACAACGGAACGAGUGAAUUCCGUAAGAACGAUCGGUGAGCGCCCCCUACAACUGUAUAUUCCCGAUCGAAAACCGACAGGGCAACGGGCUCGUGGCCCAGUGGUUAGGGGUGUGGACUUCUAACAAACAGGGCGUAAGUUCGAGCCUCGGGUGUUUCACACAUCGGGGCUGGGUAUGACCGGCUGACGACGCCUUAUAAGCCAGAAAUGGCCAUUCCAGUCUCCCUUGUCUUUGUAGGUAAUAACAUAUUGCCUAUAGUAAAAAUGUACGAGGAAAAAUAUAAAAAAUGUAUGCAUACUACAUGAAUGGCAAAUGCUAAUAUUGUGUGUUUCAGUCGCGGUCUAGAGUGGUAUCGAUCGCGGAUGCCACUGGCCCAUCCCAACGACUGGGUAAUAGAAAAAACACCGGCUUAUUUUCAUACGCCAGGAGUGGCUCGUCGUAUUCAUGAGUUCAACCCAAACAUCCGCCUUCUGCUGGUUGUUCGCGAUCCUCUGGAGCGCGCAGUCUCCGAUUACCUGCAGGUACUAUUUUCCUCUGCAGUAGGAAACCCCUGAAAAUCAAUGUUGAGCUACUUUCAUAGUUGAAAUUUCUCUCGUAACUGGCUUCCCACUCAGCAAGGAUUUUUUCUAAAUAAAGCGAGAAUGUUUUCACCAGUCAGCGGACAGCAAAGUUUUACUUAAGAUAGCAACAGUGAAACAAUUUUAACCUACGGUGUAGGUUCCGGUUAAAAGGUUAAUUAUGCAACUUGUUUUGAAAUACACCCCUGGCAUUAUUAAAUCCCAAACCUUGUGAACAGUUACAACAGAGGUACAGGAAUAUGAACCGUAGCUAUCCCUCCAUUGAGGAAAGCUUCUUGGAGGCAGGGGACCGGCGGCGAAUAAGAUCCACCUACGGUCCAGUUCGACUCUCCUGUUACUCCAACUUCAUUCGUCCCUGGUUGGUGCAUUUUUCGUUGGAGCAGCUGCUGCUCGUGAACGGAGAUGCUCUUCUGACGCAACCCGCUAAAGUCCUAGAGGGCGUUGAACGCUUUCUCGGCCUUGCCCAUUACCUAACUGAGGACCGCUUCUACCUACAUCCACAACGCGGACUCUUCUGUCUUCAGAAGCCAGGUGGAGAGGGCUGCUUAAGUCGCAGUAAAGGCCGCCGACAUCCAGGCGUUCCUCCUGCACUUCUGGCAACUCUAUGGACCCAUCUACAGCCCUGCGCACUCCAGUUUCAGAGACUGGUCAACGCGACUUUCGCCUGGCCUCGUCUUGUUUCUUCAAUUCCCGUUGGGAAACAGGGGUCCCUACAAUAA